CUCAGCAGUCCGCCUCAUCGGCACCUCCGCGGCUGUCCAGUCCACCUACAUCUUUUUACUCUUCGCUGUUACACCUUCGCGUCCAUAAUGAGGGAAAUUGUGCAUAUCCAGGCCGGCCAGUGUGGAAACCAGAUUGGUGCUAAGUUCUGGGAAGUGAUCAGCGAUGAGCACGGUAUUGAUCCAACAGGAACCUACCAUGGAGACAGCGACCUGCAGCUGGACAGAAUCAGUGUUUACUACAAUGAAGCCACAGGAGGAAAAUACGUGCCUCGGGCCAUUCUCGUUGAUUUGGAGCCUGGUACUAUGGAUUCUGUGAGGUCUGGACCCUUUGGUCAGAUCUUCAGACCUGACAACUUUGUCUUUGGUCAGAGCGGUGCUGGUAACAACUGGGCCAAGGGUCACUACACGGAAGGGGCUGAGUUAGUGGACUCUGUCCUUGAUGUGGUCCGUAAGGAGUCUGAGAGCUGUGACUGCCUUCAGGGCUUCCAGCUCACCCACUCUCUUGGUGGUGGAACAGGAUCUGGUAUGGGAACCCUUCUCAUCAGCAAGAUCCGUGAGGAAUACCCUGACCGCAUCAUGAAUACCUUCAGUGUGGUGCCUUCCCCCAAGGUUUCAGACACAGUGGUUGAGCCCUACAAUGCCACCUUGUCCGUCCACCAGCUUGUGGAGAACACAGAUGAAACUUACUGCAUUGACAAUGAGGCUCUGUACGACAUUUGCUUCCGCACUCUGAAACUAACAACACCCACUUAUGGAGACCUUAACCAUCUGGUGUCUGCCACCAUGAGCGGUGUCACCACUUGCCUGCGAUUCCCUGGCCAGCUCAACGCUGAUCUCCGCAAACUGGCUGUGAACAUGGUGCCUUUCCCCCGUCUGCACUUCUUUAUGCCUGGCUUCGCUCCCCUGACCAGCAGGGGCAGCCAGCAGUACCGUGCACUCACAGUUCCUGAGCUCACUCAGCAGGUGUUCGACGCCAAGAACAUGAUGGCUGCGUGCGACCCACGUCACGGCCGCUAUCUCACAGUUGCCGCUGUGUUCCGUGGCCGCAUGUCCAUGAAAGAGGUUGAUGAGCAGAUGCUCAAUGUGCAGAACAAGAACAGCAGUUACUUUGUUGAAUGGAUCCCCAACAAUGUCAAGACCGCCGUCUGUGACAUUCCACCUCGUGGCCUCAAGAUGGCUGUCACUUUCAUUGGCAACAGCACAGCCAUCCAGGAGCUGUUUAAGCGCAUUUCCGAGCAGUUUACAGCUAUGUUCCGGCGUAAGGCUUUCUUGCAUUGGUACACAGGUGAAGGUAUGGAUGAGAUGGAGUUCACUGAGGCAGAGAGCAACAUGAAUGACCUGGUGUCUGAGUACCAGCAGUACCAGGACGCCACUGCUGAGGAAGAGGGCGAAUUUGAGGAGGAGGCUGAAGACGACGCUUGAAGAUGUGUAGGUCAAUACGUCAAUGCCAAAACAAAACUAUAAAAGGAAAAAACAACGAACGUAACCCAAGAAACCCAGAGCAGUGCUAGAAUCCAACUUUAGCUUUCAGUAGAUAUCCCAGUUGUUAAAUGCAAAUAAAGUUGUCAAAUAAAA